AUGCGCAAUGCUAAUCCCAAGGUCGUCUACACUGCCAUCUACGUACUACCUCUCUACAUAUCACCCGCCAGCCGGCCCUCACCGACGCUCUCUCGAGAUGACCCCGUCGUCAUCCGCACCCGCAUCACCUCCGUUCUUUGUUCCACCGCAUUAUGCUCCGUCUUGACAUAUGUCAUCCUGGCUCGCCUUCCUGACGGUGCCUUGCCGUUCAGCCCUCUCCAUGCCAUGGGAUACUGGCCACUGGGCAUCGUCGAGUCUGCCGCAUGUCUGGCUCUCACCGCGAUCCUAUUCGCUGCCCCCCUCUACGAGACUCUCCUCAUUGAUGGCGGUUGGGAAGAUUGGCGAGCCUUUGGUGCCCUGGUGCGCGUCUGGACGCAGUGGACAACCUGGCGAAACAUUGUCAUGGGGCCUCUGACCGAAGAGAUGCUGUUCCGCUCCGCUUCUGUCCCAUUGCUCCUCUGCGCUCACAUGUCGUUGACCCAGAUCAUCUUUUGGUCCCCCGUCAUCUUUGGGCUCGCCCACGUCCACCAUUUCUACGAGUUCCGCAUCACCCACCCCAAGGUGCCCCUCGUGGCCGCGGUAGCCCGUUCCGUCAUUCAGUUUGCUUAUACGUCUCUAUUCGGCGCCUAUGCCACGUUCCUCUUUUUGCGGUCGGGAAGCUUGUUGGCCAUCGUGUUGAUACACGCAUUCUGCAACGCAAUGGGUCUCCCUCGUUUCUGGGGCGUCGUCGAGCCCUAUUGGCACGCUCAUGGACGCGACACACAAGCCAAUGGCCGGAAGUGGACAGUUAUUUAUUAUGUGCUUUUGUUCGCCGGUGCCUUCUCUUGGUGGAGAGGCUUGCUGCCCUUGACUGAGAGCUCAUUGACGCUGGUGCAGGAGGGGUUUUGA